AUGACCAGAAAUAUUUUAGGUUUAAAACUGAUGCCAGAAGAGCCGCUCCACAGUACUGGGCUUUCGAAACUGAAUCUUUCUAUGGUAUCAGCAUUUGCAGAGAUUGAGGCAUGCGUAGAGGAGGCACUAAUGCAUCCAAAAAUAUGCUUUUCAUCUUUUUCUCUAUUUGGGAAUGGCAAAGGUAGGCCUUCAGCUUUUAUCAGAGAAAUCGCCGUAACAGACAGAGUUCUGUCAAUUUGUAUUUCGGGAUCCCUUCUUCCUUAUUUGCUUGCCCAGUUUUUGUUUUGCUUUUCUCCUAAUGUAAACAUGCCUAAUGAUCAAGACUUUGGUUCUGAAUUAGACAACUAUCUUAAAACGUCGAAGACGGUAGAAUAUCAAAAUGAAUGGACAUUUGAUGAAAAAACAGGUGUUUAUGUGAUUCAUGAAAAGCAGCUUGUUAUGUAUCAACGGGACGAGGCUUGGAUCAAUGGCGAUUAUAAUCAGAUUUAUCCACAACGUUAUAUCUACGAUUCGCAGACACAAGCUUGGCUUGAUACAGUUACCAAAGAAUAUUCAUUUUACGAUGAGACUACACAAUCAUAUAUUCCUUUGACAGACGAAUAUUGGCUUGGUCAUCCCCAAGGCACCCAUUCUAUACGUCUUGUAAUACAGUCUUCUCCCCAUUUCGAAUCAGGAAAGGUUGCGCUUGUGGAUGAAAAUGGGCUAACCAUUGGCCGAGAUCGGUCUUGGGAUAGCCGUCUUCGUCUACCAGAAAUGAUUGUCAGUAAGUAUCACGCCAUGAUAUACCUCGACAAGAAAGAGAAAUUAUUCUACAUGAUUGACAAUGGUUCACAACAUGGUACCUUUGUUAACGAAAAAAGGUUAUCCGAGUCAAAACAGGCAAGUUUACCUUAUGAAUUAAGGCAUUUAGAUAUUGUGCGGAUUGGAUCGACAUCUUUACAAGUGCAUAUACAUGACAUGGGCUGGCCCUGUCAAGACUGUUUAGCAAGUGACUUUAUCGAAACCACAACUGGGAAGAAAGAAAAGAAGCAAAGUCAACAAAUUCAUGUUGAUUUAGAAGAAAGUAGAAGAGAGUGGAUAAAAAAUGCAAAGAAGCUCUAUACACCCACAACUGAACACGAAAAUAAUUAUGUUGAUCGAGCAAAAAUUAGACGAAAGCAUACUAAACCUGAAAAAUUUGUUCAACCGGAAGAGCCAGAUAUGAUUGCGCAAGUACCAAAACCGCCACUAACGUCCUAUCAUACACCCGUCGGAGGCAUUGGUAACAAAAUGCUACAAAAACUGGGUUGGCAACAAGGCCAAAGUUUAGGCAAACAUGGCGAUGGUAUAUUAGAACCUGUGCGUCCAUCUAGUAGAAACAGUCGAGCCGGUUUAGGUAUUCAGUCUACACCGCAAACACCAACUAAUGAAUCAAAAAAAGAGAAACAAUGGAGACUAGCACAGGAGAGAUAUAAAAACAAUUUUACUUAG